AUGUAUACCAAUGAGACUGAAGCAUCGGUGCGUCAACCUACACGUCCUUCCAUGCCUCCCGAUGGUGGAGAUAUGGGCGUAGGCAAUCCUUUUGAAACUUCCUCGGGGUCUGGUAUGUAUCCGCCUUUGGAAAGCUCCAUUGGUUCGCCCUCGCAUUCAUCACAAUACAGCAGUGAGUCGAGUUCACUGCAUUCCACCACCUCUGAUUCGUCGGCAGCUACUUUGAGUCCAGCGGUGGGAGGUACCGCACUCUCCUAUACCUCCGGUUCUUCAUCACAAUUCAAUAGUCCUCUAAAUCGUGCUAGUUUACGUAGUAAUUCUAAUGUACCAUAUAUGCCUUAUUCAAGUAGUCCGCUGAUGAUAAGUUCAUAUCCACCACCAGCGGCCCAUAUGCCACCCUAUCCGCCCUUAUCGGAUUCGCCGCAGUAUUCGUUAAUGCCACAGCCACCACAAUCACAGCAGGGUACCACACCAACAGCCACCCCUCCCAGGGCACAUUUGACCUCGGCCCAAAUCAGCAGUAUCAGUGGGCAUUAUGCUUCGGUAACAUCAUCCACCUACAUGGCCAUUAGACCACCACCCGGCGCACAUGAAUUGCCUCCUUCUUAUGAAGAACUUUUUGGUAGUGCCACUGCUCCACCGGAAACUCCAAAAUGA